GUGUGACAGGACGUCCGCGUGACGCAGGAGAGGAGAGGUGUGUUGGGCGCGCGCAGCCUCCUGCGUGUCAGCGCGCUCUGCGUCCAGCCAAUGGGGAGGCUCCUGGUAAUCCCAGCCGGGGUGAAAACAGACCCGGUGCGAGCCUCCGGGAGUCUUUAAUCUGCGGGGAGGAGGGCGACGAGACGGUCACGACGAGUGGCUGCUGGGUUCCGGGAGAUGUGCGCAGCUUCGCCGAACUUUCCAAACACCCAACCGCGUUUUGGAUCUUCGUGAGACGGGGAAGCGAUCGCCCGAGUCCCGCCGUCUCUCCGCAGAGGAGAUCGCCCCCCCCCCCCACACACCUGCCGCUGCAGUGCCCAUCGAUCCCGGUCGUCAUGUCGUCCGGCGAUGCCGCGGAGCAGAGCCGGCGGGUCAGCGUGCUGUCCUGGGAUCAGGUGCGGCGCCUGGACUCCAUCCUGGGGGAGAGCGUGCCCAUCCACGGCCGCGGGAACUUCCCCACGCUGUCCGUGAAGCCCCGGCAGAUCGUCCAGGUGGUCAGAGCUCGUCUGGAGGAGAAAGGUGUAGUUGUGCGCGAUGUGAAGCUGAACGGCUCUGCAGCCAGCCACGUGCUUCACCAGGACAACGGCCUCGGCUACAAAGACCUGGACUUAAUUUUUGGUUUACGUCUUUCGGACGAUAAAACCUUCCGCCUAGUAAAGGAUGUGGUGCUGGACUGCCUAGUGGACUUCCUGCCUGAAGGGGUGUGCAGGGAGAGAAUCACGGCCCUUGCCCUGAAGGAGGCCUACGUGCAGAAAUUGGUGAAAGUCUGCAAUGACACGGACCGCUGGAGCCUCAUCUCACUGUCCAACAACACUGGCAAGAACGUGGAGCUAAAGUUCGUCGACUCUCUGAGGAGGCAGUUCGAGUUCAGCGUGGACUCCUUCCAGAUCUCGCUGGACUCGUUGCUGCUGUUUGACCGUUGCUCGGAGACGGUCAUGUCUGAGACCUUCCACCCAACCGUGCAGGGUGAGAGCAUGUAUGGAGACUUUGAAGAAGCUCUAGAACAUCUCCUCUCCAGAACUAUUGCCACGCGAAGCCCAGAAGAGAUCCGGGGGGGUGGGCUGCUAAAGUACUGCCACCUGCUGGUGCGCGGCUUCCACCCCUCCUCCAAGAGUCACAUGAAACAGAUGCAGCGCUACAUGUGCUCGCGCUUCUUCAUUGACUUUCCUGACAUAUGUGAGCAGCAGAGGAAACUGGAGGCAUAUCUGCAAAACCACUUUGUCGGAAUCGAGCACAAGCGCUACGAAUACCUGAUGACGCUGAGGCAAGUGGUGGACGAAAGCACUGUUUGUCUGAUGGGCCAUGAGCGCCGCCAGACGCUGGCUCUAAUAUCCGCCCUGGCACUGCGUGUCAUGGCUGAACACAAUGCCAUCCCUGCCCUGUCCAACAUCACCUGCUACUACCAGCCCGCUCCCUAUGUCAGAGACGUCAACUUCAGCAACUACUAUGUAGCACAAGUCCAAUCCAUGUCUGUGCGUAAUAAUUCUUACCAAACAUGGCUGCCUUGCAGCUGAUGAUCAUGUUAUAUGCAUGUAUAAACUUAUAUAUAUGUGAAGAACUUUGUUUUACCUUUAAGUUGUUAAAAGGGGAGCAUUUUUCUUUACUUGUGUCCACAACGGAUAUCAGUGCUGGAUUCUGGCUCUGUCAAGGCAGGAGUGGACAGCCAACUGGAGUUCUGGGAAGUAUGAGUUACAACAGGCCCAGUGGAUAUACAAUAUCACAAACUAAUGCAAAUCUUUUCAUUUCAUAGUUCAGGCCUGGCUAUGAACUGCUAUGAGAUUCUUAUAUUAUAGCCUAAUAUCAAGGUAUUGCAAAAACUAAAACUUUAUUACUUUAUUUAUGAAGUAAUGAAUUUGUUUUUUUCAAAACAGAAAUGCAACUACACUACAGCUAAAGUAAUAUAUAAUAAUAAAGCAGUUGGAAUACAAUUAUCUAUAAAUUAUAUUAUAAUGAUAUCUCUGACUUGAGGAGCAAAAUUCAAUAAACACUAAAUAUAUUUAGAAGAACUUUCAAGGCGAGUAUGCUUACUAGAAAAUAAUCCUGUAUCUUUUGCCUUUCUGAUCUUUAUAGAAUGAGAUAUAUUAAAGUGAUAUGAACUGGUCGGGCAAUCUGCUCCUGCAAAGCCUGCAGUCAGUGGAUUAACAGACAUGUAAGUCCUAGCUUGGCGACUUUAGUUUUGUAACAGCAUCACCUUAAUAAUACUGAUGACUGUUGUUUCUGUGGUUUCCUCAAGUGUCAUUUGUGACCAAAAACAACCAAACAGCCAAUUUUCGCUUUCUAGCAAAUGUCAGAAAAGUGUAGGGGACUUCUUUCAUCCAUCUGACUGGUACUACUCAGCAACAUGUAGGGGACAGGUAAUCCACAUUCCCAAGACUGGAAAAUAUGGUUAAUUGCUUUUAUGACCCAAAAUGCCUAAUGUGACUAAUUUGCAUCAUACAAUUGCAUACAGUAUGUGCUACAUUUAAAAUAAUAAUCUCUGCCUAAUUUAUCAUCUAUCUGAUGAUGGAGGAGCGUGUGUAAGUGGUGGGUGGGGGGGGCUUUGUUGCGGAACGGGGGAAGUGCGUGGAGAGGCGCAGCGUGAACGUAGUGUGCGUUGAGCUAAUAACAGCUAGCUUAUUUACACUGGGAGGUUUUCUCCCAGACGGGAACUUUACUGACCGUUUUAUGCCGCUCUCAAACAUCAAGGCAUUUCACAUCGACAAAUGAGGCUUAGCCUGGGGGUGGGUUAGGGUUAGGGUUGGGGAGGGGGCGGCUAAAGCCUGGUGACCCGCCAGUGUUUGGGAAACCCUGAUACUUGUCACCGGGAAGAGGGAGCUCUGGAUUUCCCUCCUGGACCCAUUGCUCUGGUCCCCUGAACCCUGGAUAACUUCGGAUAAUCGAAGACUAUGGAUGGAAUAUUAAUCCAUAUUAAGCUUUAUACUAAUGAUUGUGCCCCAUUUAAUUUAUUUGGCAUUUCUCCUGAACGCAUUUACAACAAUAUAUGUACAUACCUUUUAUUCAUUAUAUUUAGUAUGCUAAUCAACAGGAGAUGGGAAGUAAUGUUGUGUUGGGCAAUCUUCUUCACACUUUAUUUGUGUUUCAAAAAGUUUCUUUGAUUGUUGCCGGGGACUAAACGGGUUCCAGUUGACUUACAGAACUGGUGACAGAGCCGUGAGCGAGCCAGAAUGCAGACUGACUUGUGCUGGAGGUCAACCAGAACGUGACUCUACGGAAUCUUGACAGACAUUCUGUGUUAGUGUACACAUGGCCUCUGUACCUAUUUGACUUUCUAAAAUGUAUGUUUUCACACAGAGUUUGGAUAAAAUCGUCAUUAUUAUUAAUUUGUUGCUUUUCAUGCCAUUUUGUACUGUAUAUCAAAAAUGUAAGUUAUUUUGAUUAAAACUGCUGUAAGAAAAGGGUUGGGGAUAAAAUUUCAAGUUCAAACCAAAUCAAUGUGUUUUUGCUUUGCUGACAGCCUUUAACCCAAGUGGGAGGCGUAGGGAAAAUAUGAAGGCUUUAUAUGUGACAGAAACUUUGCUAUGUCUGUUUAUUUUCUGAUAGAUGGUUUGUUGAAAUGUAAAUAGUUGGUAUUAAGUCUGAAAGCAGUUUUGAGCAUGUUGUUCUGUCUGUGGUUUAAGCAGACCUUUCUGGGGGAGGGUAAAAAGGCCAAAGAAGUACUCUCUUGUGUAGCACGAUAAAUACAGACUGUAAAUGGUUCCAAGUGCCUAAAUAUUAGCUUCUUUUAAAUAGGUGCUAUGUAAGAACUCUUUUUGAAACUUUUAUGUCUAAUUUACAGUGCAUUUUGAUAUCCAGUUUCAGGGGUUUUCCUUUAAGUUUUUCAUUAAAACUUGUCAACAGCUGGAAGA